AUGGGAAAGCUGCCCGAGCAGAACGACAUCCCACCUUGGGUGGGGGCUCCCGAAGUCCUGAAGGAGCCCGGGGUGUUCCAGGUGCAGACGGGGCUGCUGGAAGCCGUGUUCCGCCCCGAUGGAUCUCGAAUCCCAUUCGUCGAGCAGGUGAGCGAAGUCAUGCUGCAGAUGAAGGGUCUGGAAACUUCGGACCUCGCCGAAGUCAUGGUUUACGUCUUGUGCAAGUUCCAGACCAAGUGGGUGCUCCAGUCCGUGGCCUAGCGGCACCGCCAGCGGCACGAGCAAGGGAUGCUGCAACCUGAGGAAGCCAUGAAUUCCCUCGACCUAGCUCCUCGGAUGAAGGGAAGCCAGUUUGCAGCCAGACCAACCUGCGACCGUGAGGAGGGCAGCUGGUUCCUGGGGCCGCAGGAGACCUGGGCGCGAGAGGAGGGCCUUCUGGAAGGCAUGGAGGCUCUGAGGAAGUGGAAUAUCCUCAGAGCCGGCAAGGCAGAGGCGGUGACCGAGACCAUCCCGGCGCGGGAACUGCUGGUUCACGGGGCAGACGACACGGAGACGGGUCGGGAUGAGGGAUGA